AUGUCUGCAGAACACGAGCUGCUGCUGCUACCACUGGCCCUCCUGGUGCUUCAAGCAUCUCUGUGCCACGGAGCCUGUGUGGAGGUGGACUCGGACACAGAGGCCGUGGCCAGUGAAGGCUUCAAACUGGGCUGCAUCUCCUGUAAGAUGAGGGGCGAGGUGCCCGCCACUGCCACCGUCAAAUGGUAUUUCAAGGCUUCAGAUGAGCUCGAUUUCUCCCAUUUAUACAGCUAUGGAGAUCAAAUGGGCGACAUCAUUGACCCGCGAUUCUACGAGCGUCUGUACUGGAACGGCAGCAAGCACACCAGGGACCUACAGGACGGCUCCAUCUACAUCCUCAAUAUGACGUACAACGACACGGGAACCUACCAGUGCAUAUUCAACCGCGUCCUCAUGUACCCCAACUACGAGUUUCAAACCAACACUAGCAAGACUAUCGUCAUUAAUGUGGUGCCACGACUCACCAGGGGAAUGGCAUCCAUCUUGUCUGAGGUGAUGAUGUAUGUCUCCAUCAUCGGGCUGCAGUUCUGGCUGCUGGUUGAGAUGAUUUACUGCUACAGGAAGAUCUCAGUAGCAGGAGAGGAAGCUCUGAGAGAGAGCGCGGCGGAGUAUUUAGCCAUAGCAUCGGAAAGUAAAGAUAAUUGUGCAGGUGUACAAGUGGCAGAAUAGCACUGGUCAAGGAAGAAUUCAAGACGGCUUCCUUGAUGAAACUCACAUCCACUUUUGUGCCCUCCUCUCCUCUCACCGUCACUCGCCUCCCGCCAUCCUCUCGGCAUGAUGGAAAAAUGAAACCACAGAGAGCAGAAAGAGCUUCACUGAAAGGUUUUUAAUUGACUUCCUGCAAAAUGGAUGUGAAGGACUGAGCUGUAUCCCGUUCUGAGGGACAGAAUGGAUGCGUCAGGUCGUGGUUCAACGGGACAGAGGGAGAGAGAGAAUUGCACUGUACAUAGGUAUAUAAGUAUGCACAGAUAAUCUUUGAACAUAUGUAGAGUAUAUUACUGGCCUACAUUGUAUAUUUACUAUUUGCAUGCUUACGAGCUUAGCCAAAUAACUGACAACGUGCUCAAGAUGUUGUGCCACGUCUUUAAGAGUUUCGAAUCAGCUUUGUCACAUUUGAUUACACACAGUGUGUUGGCGUCAGGGUUCCACCGAUAUGGGUUUUGAAAGUCAAUUUUUGAACCAAACCUUUGUCAGUGUUGACUCUGUAGGUCUAUGAAGCUGCGGUGCAAAUAAAAUGUUUUUAAAUGAACAAACACAACAGGAAGAAAAUUUGGAUUAAUUUUAUUUUUUAAAUACUAGUAAGGCUUUCUUGCUGUUGUGAUGUAACUCUUCUUAAAACUGCAGAGGAAACAGUGCUGCAACAGCAUAUAUUUUGUCCUGAUGUUCAAAUGUUUCAUUUUCGACCAGUUUUAUUGCUAAAUAAUUACAAGUAUUUGGUGUUUUCCCCCAAUUUUAAAAAAAAAAUCAAGAUCAGCCUGAAAAAGCCCCCAACCCCAAAAAAAAGCAUUUGGACCAAAAUGAGACACAAUAAGUGAAAAUACAAAGGAAAAAAAAGUAUCUCGGCAGUGAGCCAUACAACAGGCGGACCAACAUAAAAGGUCAAACCCAAACUGGCAACACAUGCAAACGUUUUUCUUUCGUCUUGAGAAAUUUCAACGUACGGAAUCAGAGAGCAGAUUGUAAUUAAGUAGAUGUGAAAAUGUGAGAUGAAAUGUCACUUUUGGAGCAGCUGUGAAAAUCAGUGAGUCAUGAUUGUCACACAUCAGGUUAAAGUUGCUGUAUUCAGUCGCUUCUGCAGGUUUAAACACAACCUAACAGGAAAGUGAUCGCCCAUCACCUUCACACAUCUGCUCACCAGGAGAGACGUUAUCUGUAUUGAAUGCAAAUUCUGCGAAAUGUUUAGUUCAUCACCGGGGGAUGUUUGAAGAAGAUUUUUUUUUAGCUCUCAGAUAAAGGAAAAUACAAUCAUCAGGUUGUACAUUCUAGGUAAAACAUGGCAGAAAAACACAACAUAACAAAAGUCAUGUUUUUAAUGUUUCACAUUGGACAGGGGAAGCAACUGAGAUGAGACCCUGUUUUAUCUUAAAUUCUCAGAAAUCGGUGAUGUUUUUCCUGUGUUUUCCUUAAUCCUUAGAGCUCAUGAUGCAUAAAUCUGCUAUAAAAAUGUUGGAAAUGUUGAUUUUUGUGCAACAACAAUCUAAAGCCGCAUUUUUAGUGGGAAUUCCCUUUUAAUUAAAGUACU